CUGGGUGCAGAUCACAUUCUCCCAGACUCCUGAGCCCUGGGUCCAGCCAUGGGCCCCUCCAGCAUCUUCCUGUGCAUCCUGUUCCUCUGUGGGGCACUGGGUCUCACCACGCCCCCGCCCCCUGCCCGAGGUCGGCUCCGCUGCUACACCUGCAGCUUUGCCAAACCCUGCUACCCGGUUCCCACCGAGUGUCAGGACGACGAAGCUUGUGGCAUCAGUAUUGGCACCUCAGAGCAGAAUGAGAUCAUCGAGCGGAAGGGCUGCCUCCCACGGGCCCAGUGCCCUCUGCAGGGCCAUGCCACCUACUGGUCGCGCUCCUACGCCCUGCGGCACCACUGCUGUGAGCAGGACCUGUGCAACACAGCCACCACGCUGCAGCCGCUCCCCAGCCCCCUACUCGCCUCCCUGCUCCUCCUUGCAGCCAGCUUCACCUGGGGAGGUCCCCUCCUCCGCUGGCUUCAAGCCAAUCUGCAGCCUUCAACCCAGGAUUCUGCCCCCCUCCUCACCGCCUUCGAGACCCCUGCAUCUGAGAUAUGCCCAAGAACCUGAUUCUGUAGAGAACUCUGAUUCCCAGCCUCACACCUUCCCAGACCCCUCCCAAGGUCUGGUUCCUGCGGGCACCACUCUAGCCUGGAUAGGCACCUGCCCAGA